AUGGCAACAUCAAACGGCGGUAUUCAAACCCAAAUUCCGAAAUUACUUGGGCAGAAUUAUUACCACUGGCACAUUCAAAUGAAAGUUCUAUUAGAAUCUCAAGAUCUGUGGACAAUUAUAGAUGAAGGAUACAACAAAAUCGUUGCCAACGCAUCGGAAACCGAUCAAAACGCUUUUAGAGAAAAAGUCAGAAAAGAUAAGAAGGCUCUGCACAUAAUUUUCCAGGCUGUAAGUGAAAUAGUAUUCGAACGAAUAGCAAAUAGUAAAACGGCAAAAGAAGCAUGGAAUAUUCUUCACAAGGCAUACAGAGGAGAACGAAGGGUUAAAACGGUAAAACUUCAAACUUUACGUUGUGAAUUCGAUGCUUUACGAAUGAAAGAUAGUGAAUCGGUAGAGGAAUAUGUGAAUAGAACUACUGUCAUAGUAAAUCAAUUAAGAUUAAAUGAAGAAGAUGUUCCAGAACAGCGAAUCGUAGAGAAAAUCCUUCGAAGUCUUACCCGAAAAUACGAGUCAGUGGUUGUAGCCAUUGAAGAGUCAAAAGACUUGAAUCUGAUUACAUCAAAGGAGUUACUCGGUAUAUUACAGUCGCAUGAAUUGCGAUUAAGGAAGUAUGAUGACUCUCCGAUGGAACAAGCGUUUCAAGUUCAGAGUCAAGAUGGGUCAAGACAAUAUCGAUCCGAAUAUGCAGGAAGAGGAAGAGGUAGAGGAAGGAAUAGGUUUAAAGGACAGAAUCGUUGUUAUAGUUGUCAGAAAUUAGGACACACUGCGAGAUUCUGUCAACGGAGAGAAGAAAACGAAAGAAACAAUAAUGUUCUCAUGCAUGAAGAUGAGAAUGAUGGAGAUGAAGAAACUAUGUUUAUGAUAUUUAACGUAGAGGAGAUAACUAAGGAAGAUUACUGGUAUUUUGACAGCGGAUGCAGCAACCAUAUGACUGGAAAUAGGAGUUUAUUUAUUACAUUAGAUGAUUCGGAAAGAAGAGAAGUAAGAACAUGGGAUAAUAAGAAACUCUAA